UAAUCGCGCAGCGCCCCAAACCAGCUCCAUUGCAAAACUCUGCAAAAGCGGCGAAGGAGCGGCGAGCCCAACAACGAGCGACAUUUAACGCACCGACCAAAUCUACUUUGGGGGCGCUUCAUACACCCCCCUUGGCCUGUUUCUGUCCACGGAGCUGAUUUAUAAAAGAACCGACAAACACACCGAGAGUCCCGCAACUCCGGGGUCGUCCCCCCAUUUGCCUGCCAGCCGGGCGAGGACCAGUCCAGUUGAGAUGGAGACUCUGCACCCCCACUGCCUUAAGUGCAUCAACAGGAGAUGCAUGGUGAGACCAGAGGCGGGUCUUUCCUGUGACCUGGUGGGCUGCCCGCUGGUGUGCGGCGCCGUCUUCCACGCCUGCAAGCUCCCGGAGCACCGGCUGCUGUGUCCGUACGAGCGGCUGCCGUGCCUCAACAGCGGCUUCGGCUGCCCCUUCAACGUGGCCCGGAUCAAGAUGGCGCAGCACCUGGAGACGUGCCCCGCCAGCAUCGUGUGCUGCACCAUGGAGUGGAACCGCUGGCCCGUCAGCUACGGCGACCGCAAGUCCUACGAGAACCUGAGCAAAGACUUUGACGAGGUGGAGCAGCUGGACAUGGCGCUGGCCCUGCAGGACCAGAGGAUGCUCCUGGAGUCCCUCAGGGUCACCACCACCGUGUCGAAGAACGGCGACAAGGAGGCCGGCGGAAAGAUGGCCGCGGCGCCGAGCGAGGCGGCCAAUGGGACGGUGGAGAUGGAGGAGGAGCCUUACAGCGACUUGUACCGGGCCUCGGUGGAGACCAGUCGAAGCUUGGCGGCAGCUUUGGACAUUCUCUCGAACUCUACGGACAUUGACGUUCUGGUCGGCAAUUUCAACGGGGAUGACGUCGCCGCCGCCGCGGGAAAGAACGUGGACAUGCAAGGGAGCGACUCUGACUCAGAGUGUGAGCUGGGGGCGGUGGGUGGGGUGGACUGUGCGGGUGGGGCAGACAAAGGUGGAGAGGUCCCCGCCUGGCCGGAGGAGGAGGAAGACUUUGUGGAGAUUUUCUUUGAGGAAAAGGAGGACAUUAUCCAAGACCCGGUGGAGGACAGCCUUCCCGUCUGGCCGCGGGUGGCGGAGAAUUACAUGCCGGUGGUGGCGCUGGAGCCCGGCGCCCAAGCGCUCGCUCCUCCCGUCCCCCUCCUGCUGGCCGACAACGUGAGGAACAGCUUCUUGCACCAGCUGCCGUCGGAGCUGCGCUACCGCUGUCUGGAGCGCAAGCUGCAGAACGUGGAGGUCCUGCGCGGCAUCAACAUGUUCACCUUCAACGGCCGCCGGGCGCUGCUGUCGGACCCGUACUUGUUCAGGGCCAAGAUGGAGGACAAGGCGGUGGACACGUCCGACCUGGAGGUGGCGGACGACCCCAUGGGCCUGCACGGCAUCGACCUCAUCACCGCCGCCUUGCUCUUCUGCCUGGGCGACUCCCCCGGGGCGCGCAGCAUCUCGUACAGCAGGUUUGUGGACGGGUACCACAUCGACUGCGGCACGCAGACCUUCUCCUUCCCCUCCGCCAUCUUGGCCACCAACACCAUGGUGGGCGACAUCGCCUCGGCGUCGGCGUGCGACCACGCCAGCCCGCAGCUGUCCAACCCCAGCCCCUUCCACACGCUCCGCCUGGACCUGGUGGUGGAGUGCAUGGCCCGCUACCAAACCAAGCAGCGCUCCAUGUUCACCUUCGUGUGCGGACAGCUGUUCCGACGCGACGAGUUCUCGUCCCAUUUCAAGAACGUCCACGGCGACAUCCACGCCGGGCUGAACGGCUGGAUGGAGCAACGCUGCCCCCUGGCCUACUACGGCUGCACCUACUCCCAGAGGCGCUUCUGCCCGUCCGUGCAGGGCUUUCGGAUCAUCCACGACCGACACCUGGGCUCCUUCGGGGUCCAGCCGGGUCUGCCGCUAAAAAGCGGCGACAAGCUGCCGAGGAGCGCCUGUCGCUUAGGCGCUCACGGCGACCGCUUCAGUGGCCUUCCGUUUGAGGUGCUGCAGCACGUGGCCAGCUUCCUGGACAGCUUCAGCCUGUGUCAGCUGUCCCGGGUGUCCCGCACCAUGAGGGACGUCUGCGCCAGCCUGCUGCAGAUGCGAGGCAUGGUGGUCCUGCUGUGGGAGAAGACGCGGCGGGAAAACGGAUCCACGUCUUGGCAGAUCACGGACAAGGUGUGGCGCUUCAGCACGGCGUUCGGCACGGUCAACGAGUGGAAGUUCGCCAACAUCAGCAGCAUGGCCGACCACCUGAAGAAGUGCACGUUCAACACGGUGGCGCGGCGGGACGAGGCGGUGCCGCUGCCGUGCAUGUGCUUCACCCGGGAGCUCACCAAGGAGGGCAGGUGUUUGCGCUCCGUCCUCAAGCCCGUGUGGCCCACCAUGUGAUGAUAAGAGUAUAGUGUUAUCCUACAGUGUUUACAGAAAUACCACCUGAUAUUCUUCUAAGCCAUGCUGCAACCUGAUUGGUUCAACCAAUCCUGUACAUAAUCACAUGCUCUGAUUUGUAUUUUUGAUAUCCCAAAAACGUCAGUACUGUCGCGACGAUACGCUCCUUGAGGCCGCAGGGGAAGUAGCAAGUAUAGUCAGACAACUCCUCAAAUUCUGGUCCACGUCACCUUUUUUUCUGCAUCAAAUAUGAGAGCCAAAGGAAUCAUUUCUACGAUUAUGUCGACGUCGUCGUUAUCACCAUGCAGCAACAUAACGUCCGUCUGAUUAUAUAGCCUUAGAAUGUGCUGUUCAGUGCAAAGUAAGCUUCAAAAUAAAAGAUUGGCCAUAUUAACCAGGAGCAACUUAGGAAAUACACAUAAAAAAAAAUGUUUUUACAGUUUUAGCCGUCAAAACAAAGAACCAAAUUACCACAGCAGGAACGAGAAUGACAAU